GGGAGGGGAGGGGAGGGGAGGGGGCAUUGAGGGUCGAGUCAUGGCAUUCACCAUGUUGCGACCCGUCGCCACCCGUCACUUUUACCCGGACAUCGACUUGCAUUCGGACGAGGACGAGAACAAGAGCGAGAGCGAGGGCUCGGAUCAGUCGUUCGACUGCUGCAACGGGGCGAGCAAGAGGAGGAAGGUUUCUUACGCCAAGGGCUCUGUGGUGGUGAAGCAUAGACAGGCGGCUAACGCCAGAGAGAGGGACAGGACUCACAGUGUCAACACUGCCUUCAGCGCCCUCAGGACUCUCAUCCCCACCGAGCCGGCUGACAGGAAGCUGUCCAAGAUUGAGACCCUGCGCUUAGCUUCCAGCUACAUCUCUCACCUCGGAAACAUCCUGCUGGUCGGGGAGGAGGGCGCCGAUGGACAGCCGUGUCUCACCGCCGUCUACAGCCGCCAGCCUGACUUCGACGGGCAACAGCCCAGGUCCAUCUGCACAUUCUGUCUGAGCAACCAGAGGAAAGGGGGCAAGGAGAAGGACGCGAAGAGCGGGUUUUCGAAGCUUCGAGGGCAGACCGCUCUCCGGAUGCAGCGCCAGUGAACGCGAACUGGGGGCGUGAGAGACCGAGGGAGAGACUGUGUCAGCAGGCGGCGAGAGGCCCAACACGUCGCGGUCCACGAAGUGGUUUAACAACGCCGACAGAUGACACGCGGCAAGCUUUUGUUUUACAUAUAUAUUUGCAGGGAGUAUGAACACCGUUUUGGUGCCUCUAUUCCUGUUCCCGAUCGCACGUCCAACAACUCUAAGCAAUGACUUCCAGCUCGAAACUCAAAACAAUUCAGCCCUCCCUUCUCACACAGAUUCGAUGCGAAGAACCCUUUGGACAAAGUGACACUGCCGACGUCUGUCUCCAUUUGGGGAGAUCUGACCUUUUCUUCAGUCUUCCUGCUUCAUGUGUUGUACAUUUUUUUAAAGAAAAAAAAAGUAUCCAGUCAAAAUGUGAAAAAAAAAUUAAAUAAAAUGAGAAAGGAGUUGUGUUUCAGGUCUGCUGUUUUGGUAAAGCAGGAACGUUUGGGGUUUCGUAAGUAAAACCGUUAGCUCAUAUCCUUUCUCCUAUCAAUGGUAAGGCCUUUGUGAAUC